ACAACCACUUCCACCACAUUCAAAUCCAAAUGGCCCUUUACAUUACACUAAUAAUUGGCCUCCUAGUAAACACCCUAGUACUCUAUAAAUAGCAUUUGCAUGCACCUUAGUCUUCACCAAAAUACUCCUCUUGGCAUCUUGUGUUGUGUCCCUCUUUUAAGCUAUUUCCUUCUCUUAACACAAUUGGUUGUGCCAAUUGCCAUAGUCACCAACCAAUUAACAAAGGUAUAUAUAUCAUCAUAUCAUCACCAAAUGAAAAAUAUUGGGUUGUUUUUUCUUGUGGUGGUGGCUACUUUUGUGGUGGCAGCCACAGCUGGUAGCUUUUACCAAGACUUUGAAAUAACGUGGGGUGGUGAGCGUGCCAAAAUCUAUGAGAAUGGAAACCUUCUCACACUCUCCCUUGACAGAGCCUCUGGCUCUGGCUUUCGUUCCAAAAAAGAGUACUUGUUCGGAAAAAUUGACAUGCAGCUCAAGCUUGUGCCUGGUAACUCUGCUGGAACAGUAACUGCCUAUUAUUUAUCUUCUCUGGGGCCUACUCAUGACGAAAUAGACUUUGAGUUUUUGGGUAACUUGAGUGGUGAUCCUUACACUCUCCACACGAACGUAUUCAGCCAAGGGAAAGGGAACAGAGAACAACAGUUCCAUCUAUGGUUCGACCCCACCAAGGACUUCCACACAUACUCCGUCCAAUGGAAUCCUGCAAGCAUCAUAUUCUCUGUGGACGGGACCCCAAUAAGGGAGUUCAAGAAUUUGGAGACAAAAGGGGUUCCAUUCCCAAAGAGCCAACCCAUGAGAAUAUACUCUAGUCUUUGGAACGCUGAGGAUUGGGCCACAAGGGGUGGCCUUGUGAAAACGGAUUGGAGCAAGGCCCCAUUCACAGCCUCAUACAGAAACUUCAAUUCCCAAACUUCUUCCUCCACUGGCCAAUCACUGGACGCCACGGGGCAGGCAAAGAUCCGUUGGGUGCAAAAGAAUUACAUGAUUUACAAUUAUUGCACUGAUAUCAGACGUUUCCCUCAAGGCCUUCCUCCAGAAUGCUCCAUUGCAUGAGAAUAUUUAAUUCAAUGUUGCAUAUCAUUAUAAAAUGAUCCUCAUGAACGUGACACACAUGUGUUGCCUAUUACGUUAAUUUACUUUCUUGUGUAAAUUAAUGCAACUAAAACUGUUAUUAUUGUUGGUUUGUGCUUUGUUGAGCACUACUCCAUUGUUUGUGGCGAAAGAUAAUUAUAGCGUGCAAAAUUAUAUUCAUGGCAGUGUAUAUGUGCUGAAAUUGUAAAGUAUUUUCAUUAAUAAAAUUGUUGGAGUUUUAUUAUUCGA